AUGGCAGGUUUUAAAAUACGAUUACUUUUAACUGUCGGCAUUUUUUUAUCCAUUGUGAAUGCGGAUAGAACAGUAUUUGUAGAUCCAAAUGACCCCUGGCAAGUAUUUGAAGGAUGGGGAACGAGUUUAUGCUGGUGGGCAAAUGCGUUAGGUGGAUUUCCGGAUAUUAAAAACCAAGCUGCAGAUCUAGUGUUUGACCUUAAUAAG